GUUGUAGGGGUGAAGAAGAAGACGAAGGUCAUCAAGAACAGCAUCAACCCCGUAUGGAACGAGGGUUUCGAAUGGGAUCUGAAGGGCGUCGCUUUGGACCUCGGCUCUGAGCUGUGCGUCGUUGUCAAGGACCAUGAGACCGUGGGGAGGAAUAGGUUUUUGGGGGAAGCUCGUGUUCCCCUACGGGAUGUGCUGUCCUCAGCCAGCUUGGCGGCGUCCUAUGAUGUGCCUUUGUUGGAUAGCAAGAAGCAGAACACCGGGGCUUCCCUCAUCCUGCAAGUCUCCUACACCCCUCCUCCGGGCGCUGCCCCCCUCUUCCCUCCCCCAGCCCCCCCCGAGGCAGCCCCGGCGGCGGUGGCGGAGCCCGACACGCUCACCGAAGCGGCCACCGAGGAGGAGGGGGACGACCAGGCGGCCACGGGGGACGAAUUGGAGCCCCCGUCCUCGGGGCUGCCGGGUUCGGAGCCGCCCUCGCUGCCCCGCAGACCCCCGGCUCCCCGCGGCCGUGGGGUGAAGCGCAGGAGGAGCUCGCCCAAAAAACCCCUGUCCAACAAACCGCAGGACUUCCAGAUCCGGGUUCGGGUGAUCGAGGCCCGGCAGCUGCCCGGCGUUCACAUCCGCCCCGUGGUGAAGGUGACGGCGGCGGGGCAGAGCAAGAGGACCAGGAUCCGUAAAGGCAACAGCCCCCGCUUCAACGAGACCUUCUUCUUCAACGUCUUCGAGUCGCCGGCCGAGCUGUUCGACGUGCCCAUCUUCAUCACGGUCCUGGAUUCGCGCUCUUUCCGGAUGGACGCGGUGAUCGGCGAGUUUCGGAUGGACGUUGAGAGCAUCUACUCGGAGCCCAAACAUGCGAUCCUCAGGCGGUGGCUGCUGCUCUCCGACCCGGAGGACUUCACAGCGGGGGCAAAAGGGUACCUGAAGGUCAGCCUGCUCGUGCUGGGGCCCGGGGACGAAGCUCCUGUGGAGAAGAAGGAGGUCUCCGAAGACAAGGAAGACAUCGAGGGGAACCUCCUGCGUCCCACGGGGGUCACCUUGCGAGGGGCUCAGUUCUGCCUGAAGAUCUUCAAAGCUGAAGAUUUGCCCCAGAUGGACGACGCCGUCAUGGACAACGUGCGGCAGAUCUUUGGCUUUGAGAGCAACAAGAAGAACCUGGUUGACCCCUUUGUGGAAGUCGGCUUCGCUGGGAAGACGCUCUUCUCGAGGAUCCUGGAGAAGAAUGCCAAUCCGCAGUGGAACCAGUGCCUGACGCUGCCGGUGAUGUUCCCUUCCAUGUGUGAGAAGAUGAAGAUCCGGGUGACCGACUGGGACCGUCUGACGCACAACGAUGUCGUCGGCACCGCCUACCUCUGCAUGUCCAAGAUCUCUGCGCCCGGCGGGGAGCUGGAGGAUGCGUUUCCUGCUCUCACGAAGCCUCUGAAAGCCUCAGACUUGGACGACGGGCUGGGCUUCCUGCCGACCUUCGGCCCGUGCUACAUCAACUUGUACGGCAGCCCCCGCGAAUUCACCGGCUUCCCCGACCCGUACGAGGCGCUCAAUUUAGGAAAGGGCGAGGGCGUCGCGUACCGCGGCCGGGUGCUGCUGGAGCUGGAGACCAAGCUGGAGGAGCACGGGGAGCUGAAGGUGGAGGACAUCUCUGCGGAUGACGUCCUGCGGGUGGAGAAGCACCUGCGGAGGAGGAAGUACUCCCUCUUUGCUGCCUUCUACUCGGCCACCAUGCUGCAGGACGUGGACGAUGCCAUCCAGUUCGAGGUCAGCAUUGGCAACUAUGGCAACAAGUUUGACAACACCUGCUUGCCCUUGGCCUCCACCACGCAGUACAGCCGGGCUGUGUUCGAUGGUUGCCAGUAUUACUACCUGCCCUGGGGCAACGUGAAGCCCGUGGUGGUGCUGUCCUCCUACUGGGAAGACAUCAGCUACCGAACCGACACUCAGAACCUUCUCCAGCACGCAGCAGACAGGCUGGAAGCCAACCUGGAGCAGAUCCACCUCGUGCUCAAGGCCAGCGGCGCGCCGGGCGAGCUGCAGUCCCUGGGAGCCCAGCUGAUGGACGACGUCAUUGCAGACUGCAGCGUUCCGCUGCCCGACGUGCUGGGGAAGGCGGCCAGCACACACCUGGACCAGAACCUGUACCGCUUCCGCAGCACCAACCUGGAGCAGGUGGUGCGGGCGGCCCUGAGGCUGAAGCACGAGGAGCUGAGCCUGCCGGCCGUGCUGGAGCAGGCGGAGGAUUGGCUGUGCCGGCUGCGGGCCAUGGCUGAGGAGCCCCAGAACAGCCUCCCAGACGUGGUGAUCUGGAUGCUGCGGGGCGAGAGGCGCGUUGCCUACGCCCGUGUGCCGGCCCACGAGGUUCUCUACUCCCGUGGUGGCCCCAGCUGCUGUGGGAGGAACUGUGGCAAGCUGCAGACCAUCUUCCUGAAGUACCCCCAGGAGGAGGCGAUGGGGCCACGGAUCCCAGCCCAGAUCCGCGUCCAGCUCUGGUUCGGGCUCUCUGUUGAUGAGAAGGAGUUCAAUCAAUUCGCUGAGGGGAGGCUCUCCGUCUUUGCUGAAACCUACGAGAAUCAGACCAAGCUGGCACUGGUGGGGAACUGGGGCACCACCGGCCUGACUUACCCCAAAUACUCCGAUGUCACCGGCAAGAUCAAGCUCCCUAAGGACAGCUUCAAGCCCUCCACGGGCUGGACCUGGGCUGGUGAUUGGUUCAUCUGCCCGGAGAAAACGAUGCUGCACGAGGCGGACGCGGGGCACCUGAGCUUCGUGGAGGAGGUGUUUGAGAACCAAGUGCGGCUGCCGGGCGGGCAGUGGAUCCACAUGGCUGACGCCUACACCGAUGUGAAUGGGGAGAAGGUUCUGCCCAAGGAUGAGAUCGAGUGUCCUCCGGGCUGGAAGUGGGAAGACGUGGAGUGGGACACCGACCUCAACAGAGCCGUGGAUGAGAAAGGCUGGGAGUAUGGCAUCACCAUCCCUCCGGACCGGCGGCCCAAGGCCUGGGUGCCAGCUGAGAAGAUGUACCACACCAACCGGCGCCGGCGCUGGGUGCGACUGCGCAGCAGGGACCUGGCACAGAUGGAAACAGUCAGGAAGCACAAGCAGGACGAGCAGGACGGUGAAGGCUGGGAAUACGCCUCCCUGCUGGGCUGGCGCUUCCACCUGCGGCCCCGUCGCACCGACGCUUUCCGCCGCCGCCGCUGGAGACGCAGGAUGGAGCCCCUGGAGCGCACCGGGGCUGCUGCCGUGUUCGCCUUGGAAGGGGCCCUGGGAGGAGUGACCGACGACAAAAGCGACGACGGCAAAUCCGUCUCCACGCUGAGUUUUGGUGUCAACAGACCCACCAUCUCCUGCAUCUUCGACUAUGGGAACCGCUACCACCUCCGCUGCUACAUGUACCAGGCACGGGACCUGGCUGCCAUGGAUAAGGACAGCUUCUCUGACCCCUAUGCCAUCGUUUCCUUCCUCCACCAAAGCCAGAAGACGGUAGUGAUCAAGAACACCCUGAACCCCACCUGGGACCAGACGCUCAUCUUCUACGAGAUUGAGAUCUUCGGGGACCCCAAGAACGUGUCUGAGUGCCCUCCCAGCAUCGUGGUGGAGAUAUACGACCACGACACCUAUGGCGCUGAUGAGUUCAUGGGGCGCUGCGUGUGCCGGCCCAGCCUGCAGCGCGCACCGCGGCUCUCCUGGCACCCUGUGCUCAAAGGCAGCAGGAACGUCGGCGAGCUGCUGGCUGCCUUCGAGCUCAUCCAGAGGGAAAAGCCAGCUGUCCACCACAUCCCUGGCUUCGAGAACGAGCUGUCCUCUGCUCUGGAUGAGUCUGAGGACUCUGACCUGCCUUACCCACCACCCCAACGGGAACCCAACAUCUUCAUGGUCCCCCAAGGGAUCAAACCGGUCCUGCAGCGCACGGCCAUCGAGAUCCUGGCCUGGGGGCUGAGGAACCUCAAGAGCUACCAGCUGGCCAGUGUCACCUCACCCAGCCUGCUGGUGGAGUGCGGGGGGCAGCUUGUGCAGUCCUGUGUCAUCAAGAAUGUCAAGAAAAACCCCAACUUCGACGUCUGUGUGCUCUUCAUGGAAGUG